UGGCCUGGGGACUCGGGCUUGGCCCGGAAGUUCCCGGGGACUCCCGCCGCCCCACCCGGAGCCUGGCCGCGCGCCCCCGCCCCCCUCCCGUGUCCGCAGGAGUCCCCGGUGUGGUCAGGCCGCUGCAGCCAGUGCCCAGACCCGCAGGCCCUGGCACCGCAGACACGAUGUUCCUGCUGGCUUUGCUGCUGGCCCUGGGGCUGCCCCAGGCGCGGCCCGCAGACAACAGGACGGAGAGGCAGGACCCUGGCCUCUUGCGCUGUCACGUUUGCGAGAAGGAGAACGACUUUUCGUGCCAGAAUGCGCAGGACUGCGCCCAGCGGGACACGUACUGCGCGCUGGCUGCCAUCAAAAUAUUCCCACGUUUCUACUAUGUUUCCAAGCAGUGCACCCCGUACUGCCCGCUGAUUAUCAUACCCGCGGAUUCUCCAGGCAGGUCGUUUGUGAUUUUAAAGCCCCUGCCCUUCGUGUACAUAAAGUGCUGUAAACAUCCCUUGUGCAACGACAACGUGCCCAAUGUCAACGAGACGGCGUUCCGGGAAUACCCGGGGAGAGCAGGCGGGAGGCCACGCGGCCGUGCCGUGCUUUCCUUCCUCCCGGCGCUGGCCUUGGCCUCCGAUGGCCUCAGGCUGCUGUGAGUGUGGGACGUGCCCAGGGCGGCCAGCUCUGGAGCGCCAGCUCACUGCGCACGGUCGCAACGUGUUGCAUUAAACUUGCUUUGUGUUGGUCA